GCGGGGUGUGAGAGCCGCCCAGAGCCGGACGGGCUUCGGAGUCCGGCGUUUGCAACCGCCGUCGGAACCGCCCUCUCUCCGCCUCGGCGACCCGGGCGCCGGGUACCACCGCCAGCGGCUGAGCGUGCGGGCAGCAGCGCGCCUUUGUGCGAGGUAGGCUGGCCCCACACUUACUUCUUACACAAAGACGAGGGGCUUGCGAGGCGGCCGCCCGCCGGGAGAUAGCGACGUCGGCCUGACCCUGGCCGGGGGAUCCUGCCGUCGGCCUGCAGCACGGGAAGGGCCACUUGAGGAUACUGACCCCAAAGACACCUUUCUCGUUCCAAGAAACAUCAUGGCUGAGCCAGACUACCUAGAAGAUGACAACCCUGAACUAAUUAGGCCCCAGAAGCUAAUUAAUCCUGUCAAAAUGUCCCGAAACCAUCAAGACCUCCACAGAGAGCUUCUUAUGAAUCAAAAAAGGGGUCUUGCCCCUCAGAAUAAACCAGAAUUGCAGAAGGUGAUGGAGAAGAGAAAACGAGACCAAGUGAUGAAGCAGAAGGAGGAGGAAGCACAGAAGAAGAAAUCCGACCUGGAAAUAGAACUAUUAAAGCGGCAGCAGAAAUUGGAGCAGCUUGAACUCGAGAAGCAGAAAUUGCAAGAAGAACAAGAAAAUGCGCCAGAAUUUGUGAAGGUGAAAGGCAAUCUCAGGAGAACAGGCCAGGAGGUGGCCCAGGGCCAGGAGUCCUAGGCCCAGGCUGCCCGAGACCUGGCGUGUCCCCACCAUCUCUGUAGGAGCCCUGUCUAGGUGCCUCUGCAGCACUCAUCUUGGGACAAAGUCCUGAGGAAGAGAAUCCUGACAGCCGAGAAUUCUGACUAUCAAAAAGAACUGGGUUUGAUUUGCCAUUGUGGUAGAUGAGUCAUCUCUGGGGGCUGCAAUUCCCAUUCGGCACAUGAAAGACGACACCGACCAGCACACAUGUUAUCACGGACCUGCGCGUAGAGACUUUAGACAAAGAAAACCGCAGAGUGAGCGAAGAGCUGGGGAGUGGGCACUGGGAAACGCUUGAGGGUUGCACUACUCAGUUUUUCUUCCAUUCCAGGGUUAGUGGGACACAGAGCCUUGUUUCUUUAAAAACUAAAGAAGUUGUGUGGAAUCCUUCCUUUGGUUAGCUGUUAGAUCAUUUUGAUUGCAUCAAAAUGCAUUUCAUCUGUUACCUCCAGUAUUUGUAUUUCAUUUUGAGAACCCAGAAUUUUCUGGUUUAAUGUCUGUUUUCACCUGCCUUACAAAUUAAGGAUGGAGGAUGUUAACACUUAUGUUUAAUCUUACCUAUUACCUUGGUUGGCAUGGAAGUUCAGAAAUACGAUAAGUUUUAACAUGUCAACAGCCAUCAUGAACUUACUGUCAUCCCUUUAGGUUCUUGGUGUGCCAGUAUGCUACAUGCCGCCUUCCCACUUGCAAGAAGGUACACCCUGUCGAUUCCUUUACUGUUUGGUUAAUUAUAGGCUUUCUGUUCAGUUUCAGUUUGUCAUUUCUUGCUCAACUAUUCCUUUUAGCUGAAGUUGUUUCUCUGUUCUUUGGAAGAUGAAACUAGAGAGUGUAACUUAACUUCUGUGGCCCAUGUGGAGAGACCAGAUCUUUUGAGUUCUCCUGAGAGCAGUGUAGAGGUGCCCAUUAAGACUGGGUGAUGGGGCCUUCAGAUACUGGAUGUGAUGCAAAUAGAGAUCGUUUCUAGGAGACUUGCGGACGACUUGAUACUCUUUGCAUUUUGAGUGUCUUAGAUUUUGGUGACUGGUCAUGAGUUUCUUUUCUCUUUUGUUUCUUAUGAAGAAUGACUAUUUUGGAGCUCUCUCAGCAUGAUGCUGUUGGUGGGGAUGGUCUUGACUACUAUGUUGCAUCUCUCAGGAAAAGCUGAGGCACUGGGGAGGGCUGCUCAGUGUCCUCUUGCCAGCUAGCAUGCUGUUCAAAGAGACAUCUAAGUUACAAAUAAUAUGAACGUUCUCAUGCAAAAUAUAUUUUAUACUGCAGGCAUGGGAGUUGUUUUGUGUUUUGGUAUUUAGUAUUUCUCCAUAGAGAUGAUUUAACUAGUAAUUUCUACACUGAAGACUUCUAUUGCCUUUGAUGAUGCCUAGGAUGCUGGAUGUAGCGCUUUGGAGUCCUUGAUUAGCACACUAGAUGCUGGCUUUCUCUGGGAACACCUCAAUCUGGUAGUUAACCGGCCCAUGUUCCAUCCAAGUUUGAAUAAGAAGUAAAUGGGUGAUAAUUCACUGCUAGAUAGAGAAGCAUGAGAGCUGAUCACAGCGGAAAUGGAUUCUUGGUCUUAUCAGCAAGUGUUAACUAAAUAAAGUAUGAGAUACUGAAGAGAAAAUUGUUUGCCUUUGAAGAUUGGAAUGAAUGGUGACUACUUGGUCAUUUUCCUUCCAUUUGGGAAAAGAAAGUUCAUUCACUGAUUGUUGGGGGA